ACAGUAUGUCGUUAUUGUCAAAACUCAGAAGACACGGUCUUCUCCUUCCCCAUUGUGUAAAAGCUUAAAACUUGCUGGCGAAUCAUGCUGUAAUAACUGUAAUGAAAAUGGAGAAAGGAGUACGGAGAUGUUUAUUAGACAUAUCAGAAUGGAACCCAUCUCCUGGCGACUUCGCUUCAGCCCUCUCUCUUCUUCCUCAACACGAGCAUUCCUCAAUUAUCGGAUUUGUGAGAAUGGAAGACAAAAAACGAGCACUUGUGAGCCGAAUGCUUCAAUAUGCUCUUGUGCACCAAGUGUUGGGACUACCAUAUGAGGGAAUUAUCAUAAGUCGCACCUUAGAAGGGAAACCUUACCUGGAAUGUGAUAAGAUUGGCUCAAUGUUUCCUAAUUUUAAUUUCAAUGUCUCCCAUCAUGGUGAUUAUGUGGCAGUAUCAUCUGAACCAUUGUGCCUUGUGGGUUUGGACAUUGUUUCUCCUAUCAUUCCCCAGGGAGAGACAGUUCCAGAAUUCAUUCAGAACUUCUCUUCCUCUUUUUCAAGUUUGGAAUGGAAUAAUAUAGUAACUGCUGGCGCUGACGCUGAAGUUCUACUUGAGUUUUACAGGUAUUGGUGUCUUAAAGAAGCAUAUGUCAAGGCCAUAGGGUGUGGACUGUCAAUUGAGUUGGACAAAGUGGAGUUUCAGCAUGAUAGCUGGACAAAUAUAUCUGUUAAAGUCAAUGGUGUGAUUAUGACAAAAUGGAGAUUCUGGCUUGUCCAUCUCCAAAAAGGACAUUUGGCAUCCAUUGCAAGGGGCCACCCAAGGUAUGCCUGCAAGAGCUACAAAAGAGUGCUAACUCAAGUGGAUUUCACUGAGGAGGAAUAUAACGAAGCUUUUCAUCUUUCAAAUCCAAGCUUCGUGUUGCGGACUGUAGAAGAAGUGAUUGCAGUCUUAAUGAAAGCAAAGACACCAGCUGAUGACCAAAAAAUUUAACGAUAUGGGCAUAUUAAGAAGAGAAAAGUGCAAUCACAUCUAGGACAAGCAUUACCAUUGGGUUUGUGGAGACAUGACUGAUUCAGCUAUUGGAUUUAAUAUCUGUUUGGAAUUUUCCCACUCAAUUCUUUGUUUAGCAUCUGGGGGUUCCUGAUCGUAUAGGAAACGUCAUCAUUGAACCAAGAUGGGGGCUGCUUAUAUUACGAAGACAAACUACACAGUUAACAGUUGAAUCAUAGAAGGAAGAAAGAUUCAGGUAACUGACACAAGGUGGGGCAAUAUUUUUGGAAAGCUGUACAUGUACUUCCUUUCGGGACAAUGAAAUGCUGCUUCUGAACAGAUUAAUUACCUCUCUUUGUUCUCUAAUAUGGUGUAUAGUAGAUUCAAUUAUAAACACCAUAUUUUUAUUAUUAGAAAUGUUCCAAAAUGGUAGAACUUAUUCUGUAGCAGCCUCAUGAAAUGAAGUGCUUGCGUUUUGGGUCCUA